AUGGCUUCAGCUUCGGCGUUGUUUACUGCCUCGUGGGGACAGACCUUGACCUAUCUAUUGGCCGUCUGUCCCUUCUCCAUCGCCUUUCUGGUCUUUAUCAAUUCCUCCGUCUCAUUUGUGGUGACGGACCUGAUUGGGCUACAAAAAGGAGAAGGGGAUGCUGUAGGAACUUUGGGAUUUGCGGAUGAACUGCUGGCACUGAUUGCCUGCCCGCUUUGGGGAGUCCUCUCGGACCGCAUCGGGGUCCGCCAUGUAUGUACUAUUGGCUAUGUAAUCAUAGCCAUCGCUUUGGUUCUUUUCGUGCAGGCCACGAAUAUAUAUCCGCAGCUUCUUUUGGGAAGGCUGUUGUUCAGUGUGGGCGGUUCAGCCGUGUCGACCAUGGUCACCGCAGUCUUACCGACUAUUACGGGAAGAGCACUUGGUGCCCAACCGUGCCAGAUAUCUGUGCCUUCGGAUCAGACGUUCUCGCCGGAACAGACCAGCAGCCAACCCCACCGAGGCACAGCUGACCCUGUCCGCGACUCAUCUUCUGCUCGCCUCUCGGGGUUUGUAGCUCGAUUCGAGAAAAUGGGACUUUCACCGUCCCAGGCCAUCCAGCGCAGCUACUACCUGGUCGCUGCUGUGGCCGUGAUCAUUGGUCUCAUCUGCUUUGUCGGCCUCCGAGAUCUUCCGGGGGAGCAAGGGAAAGGGUGGAAAGCUCUGUCGAAUGUUUCUUCUCAUUCAUCGGAACAGUCAGAAGAGGAGCAGCACGUGGCCCAUGUCCAGCCUCCGAGACUGCCAUACUGGAAUCAAUUGACGACUGCAUUCCUCCUGGGCUUCCGCAAUCGCGAUAUUGGCCUAGGCUACAUCGGAGGGUUUGUAGCCCGUGCUUCGUCGGUGGGAAUCUCGCUAUUUAUUCCCCUGGCGGUUAACCACUACUAUCGAGCGUCGGGUCUAUGUGACGACCACGAACCAGAGCCUGGAACCGGGCUCGGGGAUAUGAAACGAGCGUGUCCGCGUGCAUACAUCCUGGCGUCUAUUCUGACCGGCGUGUCUCAAUUGGUUGCCCUGCUCGCCGCUCCAGCCAUUGGGUUUCUCACGGACAAGUCGCAUCGCUACCACUUCCCUCUUCUGGUGGGCGCCCUCGUGGGAAUUGCGGGCUAUGUGGCAUUCCCGCUGCUGCCCAGCCCUCAGUUUCAGGGGCCCGGUGGCAACGUGGCCGUGUUUGUGGUGAUGGCCCUGAUUGGGAUUAGUCAGAUCGGCGCGAUUGUCUGUAGCUUGGCCGUGCUGAGCAAUGGGAUUUUACAGGUCAACAUCGACGAGUCUUCACGAAAAUCUACCGACCGGCGGAUCGAGCCCCACGUGGAGCCGGAGAGCCAACCGCUCCUGGCGGAGACCGGCAAUGAACUGCUGCAACUCUCCCAGUUGAAAGGGUCCAUUGCCGGGGUCUACUCGUUAUAUGGCGGGGCAGGGAUUCUGGUGCUCACCAAAGUAGGUGGGUGGCUAUUUGACGCGCUGUCCUCUGCCACGCCCUUCUAUAUCCUCGCUGGGUUUAACGGCGUGUUGCUCGUCACGGGGCUGGGCUGUGGAGCCCUGAAUCAUUUAGCCCCAAGGUGA